UGGAUCGGCGUCGACGUGAUAUGUCGCUGUCACAAUCAUCAGCGUCGCCGUCGUCGUCGUCGUCGUCGUCAUCGUCGUCAUUGUCACCGUCAUCGCCGUCGUCGUCGUUGUUAUUGUUUUUCGCAUUGUUUUUGUUGUUUAUACUGGUGUUGUGUUAUAUCGAACAGCUUCGGCGGCGGCGACGCAUACUUAUCCAGAAUAACAGAUUACGCAGGCGACAGUGAGCGGCGGGCGACGACGCGACAACGGUGGUGGCGACCAACGUGGAAGGGAUCGGUCACGGGGAGCGUGUCGGUUGACGGCGGCGAGUCAAAGCCGUACCGUUCUCGCGCUCAACAGGUCCGGCGUUAUAUCUCCGUGGGACGCGCCGCUCGCAGCAGAUUUAUAGUGGUGUGCCCAUAUCACGGCGUACAAACCGUCUCGGCGCGCCUGGUAAAUAUCUCGACGAAAACAUUAUAUAUAACGUCGUUCCACCAUUGCCACACGUCGCAUUUCGUUUUCCUCGCUCCGCGUACAGAUCCUGUGCAGUGCGCCUGUCUCGCCGCUCGUCCCGUGCGUGUGCGUGUGCACCCACACUUCCGCACACACGCACUCCCACGCACGCACACACAGUCGUCUCGCAGGGGACCAUUUAGUGUGAGGACGGCUCAUCGCGCGUGCGUGGCUGCGUGCGCGUUUGUAUCGCGCGCCCCGUAAGAGGAAAUAAAUAAAUAAAUAAAAAAAAAAAAAAAAACGGUUCGCUCAUCGGGUCCCGGGUCGGCGCGUGAGCGACGGGGGCCGUGGUACUCGUCCGCGGGUAGUUCUGCGGAUCGCACUGUGCCGGUGGUCAUGACGUUCCGGACCAACGGCCUCGACAAGCUGCAACAACAACAGCUACAGCGCGGACAACAGUACUCGCACUAUCCCAACAACAAUCGCCGACUGCACCGGAACCGUUACGACGACGACGACGGCGGCGAUGACGACAUAACCGGCACGGCGGCCGACCAUCAGCCACCGUCGUUUCCGGCAUUCGGCGACUCGAGCACAUGCAUACACAAGGUGUUAACUACUCCUAGUAAUUCUAGUGGAACAUUGAAUCCUGAAGCACACGAAUUCAAGUACAAGUCAUUGCCUGAAAACGAUGAAUCAAAUAAAAAAAAUUCGGAAAACGACAAAAAGACUAAAGGAUAUAUGUAUAUGAAUGGAGACGUAGGAAAAAUUUCAAUUGGGACACAUUACAGUCCCUCUGAACCACUGACUGUUUCAACUGCCACGAACACUUCUUACAGUUCCAUAAAUGGAAGUUAUGAAGUGUCAGCAACGGAUAGUAGAAGUGGUACAGUAAUUUUAACUGGAAAAAAUAGCACAAUGGUUAACGCUGAGACUUCUACUGAAAAUAUGCCAUCGCAAUCAGUAGAACAACUCAAACAACUUCUAUCAAAUCAGUUAGAAUAUUAUUUUUCAAGAGAAAAUUUGGCAAAUGAUGCGUACUUAUUGUCACAAAUGGACAAUGACCAAUAUGUUCCAAUAUGGACAGUUGCCAAUUUUAAUCAAGUAAAAAAAUUGACUAAAGACAUAAAGCUGAUUACUGAAGUACUGAGAGAGUCGCCAAAUGUACAAGUUGAUGAUGAAGGAUUAAAAGUCCGCCCAAAUCACAAACGUUGUAUUGUCAUAUUGCGGGAAAUUCCUCAAACUACUCCAAUUGAAGACAUUAAGGGAUUAUUUGCUGGUGAAUCAUGUCCUAAAAUGAUAUCAUGCGAGUUUGCUCAUAAUAAUUCAUGGUACAUUACUUUUGAAAAUGAUGAAGAUGCACAAAGAGCAUUUUUGUAUCUUCGUGAAGAGGUUAAAGAAUUUCAGGGUCGACCAAUUAUGGCACGUAUCAAAGCAAAGCCAAUGAAUCGCAUGGCUGCACCAAUAUCACCUGGUGCUGUGGCUGGAAUUCCAGGUAUGAAAACGGUAAAUGGUUUUAGAACCCCGCCAAUGCAAGCUCAACCUAUCAACCCAUAUAUAGAUCAAGGUCCAGGUGUUACACAAUCUGGACCUCCAGCACCACCUCCCCAACAUCCUCAAGCUGCCAGAUUGUUUUAUACAAAUGGAGGACCAGCUCAAUAUGCUCCAGUCAAUUAUGCUGCUGCUAAUUUGCAAGUAUAUUUACAGCAGCAACAGCAGUCACCUUAUUAUCCUACAAAUAUGAUUCAACAUUGGGCUCAUCCUGCAACAGGUGCCUAUUAUACUACAGAUCUUAGUGGCAUAUUUUCUGUGAAUGGAUUGGCUCCCCAAGGAGCUUUUUCUAAACCUCAGAAUUCAAGAUAUAAUGUUUCACGUGCACCUGGCCGUACCAAUGGAAAAAUGCGUCAUAAUUCUGUUAGUGGUAGUGAAUAUUACCGAAGUUCAGCUUCGGAUAGUGGUUUACCAUCUCGUCCUGGUAGUUACACGUCAAAUGGAAGUCUAACUAAGUCAUCUAGUAGUAGUGGAUCGUUGCAUAUUUCCAACGCAACCAGAAACUGUGUUGACAAUCAAGAUUCUACUGUAGUUGAUAGACAGUCAAGUGGAACAAUCAACAUCCCAAAAGAUCCUACAACAUUGCCACCAAGAUAUAGGCGAAGGAAGAAAGAUGAUGAAAUAGGACCAGAAGUAGUAACCAUAGGAGCUAUGCCACAGCCACCAACUGGUAGUUUUGAUUUGGCUGCUGAUGCGUUCCCUCCAUUACCACCUCAAGUUGUGUCUAUACCACACCAGUCACCAACUUCAUUGCCCCAUGACCAGUUGUCACCUCGUAAUCACAUUGAUUCUAGGAUUACUGUUUUUUCAUCUUCUAGUAUGUCAGCAGUUCUGCCUGAACCCUCUGUAUCUAAGACUGAUGAUAUGGACCUAACUGUGAAUUCAGAGAGUCUACCAAAUGGUUUACAAUCAGUGCCUUCUAUUGGGUCUGUACCUGUGACUGCAAUUAUUGAUGAUGUAUCAAAUAUGUCUAUGAGCUCUAUUAAUUUGCACCCAAAGGUUCAGGAUAUUGUUACGACUUCGAAUUCUAUAAUAAAUCCUACAGAUAAGACUGUAAUGCCAGCGAAAUCUGACAUACCACCUACUAUGCCUAAAGCCAAUGGUACAUCUCUUAUUACUAAACCAACUGUAUCAAAUCAUAAGGCUGCUUCGCCAUCACAAUGUGCUUGUGUCAUACCACAACCACCUGCUACAUUUUCUGCAGAUAUGGCUAACAACAAUCCCAUUCUUAAUGGGAAUGGUUCUCCAAAUGUUGGUCAUAAACUAAGUUAUGCACAAGUAGCACAACAUCACAAAGAAAGGAAUGAGAGUCAUAUUCCUACCAUUAUUACAUUUGGGCAAUCUCCUAUUGUAGAAGAAGAAAAAAAAGAAGAUACUUCCAUACCUGCUGUGAUACCCCAAUCUAAACAAUCAAACAUUACAACAGAUGGUCUUCUAACUAAUCGGUCUGGUAAAGGACACAAAACAGCAAAUAAUGAACGAGGAACGAUUCCCCGGAAAGAAAGAUCAUCAAAAUUCAAUCGUACCAAGUCUCCUAAAUAAAAUGUAUAUAAGGCCUGUGUAUUAGUUGUAACUCAACUAAUAAAUUACGGUUCUAUGAAAGUGUUAAAUUAUCCCAUGAAACGAUAUGAUACAUUUGUCAUCCACAUCUGUUAUUCGACCAAUUUUAUUUAUUUAUUUUGUUUUUUUUUUUUACAUUCUUAUUUAACUUUUUUUUAGUUUAAUUUUUACUGAUAUUCAUAUACAAAAUAUAUAUUAUAUAUAUAAAAUCGGAGUAGAAGUGUUCUAGUUAUAUCUUAUGGUAGAACAAUGCUACAAUAUUUUAUGGUUAAACAUAAUAAGUAGACAUCAGGUUUUUUUUUUGUUU